AUGAAGAUCAACCUGUCGUCGGACGAUAUCAACCUUCUGGUCUACCGGUACCUCAUAGAGAACGGGUACAGCCACACGGCCUUCUCUUUCAGCAAGGAGGCGGAGAUACAGCGGAAUCCAUACUACAACAACCAUGCGGACAAGCUGCCGCCGAACGCGCUAGUAUCCUUCAUGCAGAAGGCCAUGAUUUACAUCUACCUCGAGUACCACACUGACGACCUCACCGGCGAACAAAUCGUGUGCGAGGAGCCCUUCUCGUUCUUUCGGAAACACGCGUGCUUCCGCAAACUGGGGCAACAGAAUGGCCUGCCCAUCAAGGAAACGAUGCUCCUCGCUGCAGAGCAAAACGAGCUGGCACGCGAGAUAUCCUAUGGAGUUUGUAAAAUGCAGAACGAUGGCAUACCUGACACAUGUACCGAUUGUAUAUUUAGUCAUAUCAAUGCAGACAUGGCAAAUGACCGUGGCGAGUCUCAGGAUGGAAGCGCGCUGGCUCAGAUCCCACCCAUAUACGUGGGACCGCCGCAGAGGAGACUGGCCGACAGGUGGCAGGUGUCCGGCUACAUGUGUCUGAUGGAUUACGGGCCUUUGGGCGCAGCAGCGAGUGCGCAGUUUAACCCCGCCGUACCGGGAUACAUCGCAAAGAGAGUGGAGGGGGCGCCGCCGGCCCUGUACGACAUUUCGAAGGUGGGGAAAAUCAAGACUUGCGAGAUCGUGCCAACCGUCGCUAAACUCACCGAAACGGACGGCGGUCCGGCGGGCGUAGGCACCUGCCUCAGGUGGCGGUACGACGGUCACGCGCUCUGCACGGGAUACGAAACAGGCGCAGUUGUCAUCUGGGACAAAAAAGGCCGCCGGAUGUGCGGAGGCAGGCUAGGCAGAGCACCGAUAACGGCGGUGGCAUUUUCAGGAAACCGGCGAUUUUGGAACGACACUGAUGAUGUGAACACCGUAUGCAAAUUGGCUGCGGGAGACGCGGCGGGCAACAUCCAAGUGUUCAAGAUAGAAAAUGGCAUCCACCACGUCACGGUGUACAACCAGGGCGCCGUGGUGACGGAGAUAGACUGGAGGGACCACGACGUGUUCGCCGCAGCCAGCGCAGAUGCGACAGUUCGCAUAUAUAACACUGCCACAAACGCGAGCGCAAUCCUGCAGGAUGCCGUGCAAUCUAAUCCGCAAUUCAUGGAGUGGGGACCUACAGGGAAGUGUCUGGCAAUGCUCGAUAGCACGGAAACGCUCAAAAUAUACAAGCCAGACGGCCAUGGCCUGCAGGGAGGCGUAACGUCGCUCAGGGCACACACCAAAAGCAUCAUCGCAGCGUCGUGGCAGUAUGGACACCAUGCGAAAUCCGCGAACAAAAUAUGCACUGUCGCCAUGGACAAGCAACUGCUAGUUUGGGACGUCGCCACUGAAACAGUGGUUUCUUCCAUCCUCAUCGACCAGGUCCCAACCACCAUAACGGUGAACACAUCAGACACAUUCGUCGCCGUAGGUACGUAUGGAAACCUUAUCAAGGUCUUCAACCUUCCGUCGCUCACGCUCAGCUGCUCAUUCUGCGACCAGAACCUACCAACCAGCAUCACGUGGGCAGCCGAUGACGAGCAUAUCGCAUACAACGUGUACAACCAGCAGAGAACACCGGUGCUGCCGGUAACCACAUCGGCUUCCUUCGUCGCUGACUGA